UUUUCAACCAUUCAGUUCAAAUAUAAAAGCAAAAAGAAGAAGAAGAAAGCAGCAAGAGAAUAGUUUCCGUUACAUAUCUCUUUCCUCUCCUCUGGUUUUUGAGAAAUCCCUAAUCUUCAUCUUCAUCUCCAAUCGUCGAUCGAUUUGUUUCACUCUCCAAAGAUUAGCUCCUUUCGUCUCCGCCGCAUUUGCAAUCGCCGGUUAAAUCUCUCCGUCGUUAAGAUGAUGGGACCACCUAGGACGCCGUUAAGUAAGAUAGAUAGGGCCAAUCCGUCUACACCAGGUGGUUCCAGAGUUACAGAGGAGAAGAUACUUGUCACUGUUCGGAUGCGACCAUUGAAUUGGAGGGAACAUGCCAAAUACGAUCUCAUUGCUUGGGAUUGUCCUGAUGACCAGACCAUAGUUUUCAAGAAUCCAAAUCCUGAGAGAGCGGCAGCAAAAUAUUCAUUUGACAAAGUAUUUGAGACAACCUGUGCGACGCAGGAAGUUUAUGAAGGCGGUCCUAGGGACGUCGCACUAUCUGCCUUAACUGGAACUAACGCAACUAUUUUUGCAUAUGGUCAGACCAGCAGUGGCAAGACCUUUACAAUGAGAGGGGUUACUGAAAACGUAGUUAAAGAUAUAUACGAGCAUAUAAGAAAAACUCAAGAACGGAGCUUUGUCUUGAAAGUAUCUGCUUUGGAGAUCUAUAAUGAGACUGUCAUUGACCUUUUAAAUCGUACCACUGGGCCCCUUCGACUGUUAGAUGAUCCAGAGAAAGGAAUCAUUGUAGAAAAUCUGGUGGAGGAAGUGGUUGAAAGCAGGCAACAUUUGCAGCAUUUAAUUGGCAUUUGUGAAGCUCAAAGGCAAGUAGGUGAAACUGCUUUGAACGACAAAAGUUCAAGAUCUCAUCAGAUUAUUCGGCUGGCCAUUCAGAGCAGUCUCGGGGAAAUAGCAGGCCGCGUGCAGUCUAUCAUGGCAACUCUGAAUCUUGUUGAUCUUGCUGGAAGCGAAAGUGCUUGUCAGACAAACGCUGAUGGUCUAAGAUUGAAGGAAGGGAGCCAUAUUAACCGUAGUUUAUUGACACUUACGACAGUGAUCAGAAAACUGAGUUCUGAAAGAAGUAGUGACCACGUACCAUAUAGAGACUCAAAGCUAACAAGGAUUCUGCAAAAUUCACUUGGCGGGAAUGCGAGAACAGCAAUAAUAUGUACCAUUAGUCCAGCUUUAAGCCACGUUGAGCAAACAAAAAAGACGCUUUCUUUUGCCAUGAGUGCGAAGGAGGUCACAAACUGCACUAAAGUAAACCUGAUGGAAUCGGUGAUGAAAGAGCUAAAGCGUGAGAGAGACAUUGCGCAAACUCAGCUCGUUCUAGAAAGGAAAGGAAAGGAGCUGAAGGGGUCAAGUGAGUGUGAAUCUUUUUCUCAAGUAGCAAGGUGUCUCUCCUACCGUACUCAGGAGGAUUCAACUCCGAGCAAAUCUAUUCCAAAAAGCCGCAGAACAACUCGUGUUAAGAGAAAGCAUAAUAUGAGGCAGUCUCUAACUUCAGCGGAUCCAACAGCGCUAGUCCAAGCAAUCCGUUUGCUUGAAAAGCACCAAAAGAAGCUGGGUGAGGAAGCAAACCAAGCGCUAGAGCUUAUUCACAAAGAAGUGACAUCUCACAAACUCGGUGAUCAACAAACCGCAGAAAAAGUCGCAAAAAUGCUGUCAGAGAUCUGUGACAUGCAGAAGAGCAACCUUUUAACCGAGGAGAUUGUAGUUGGUGACAAAGCUAACCCGAAGGAAGAAAUAACCCGGUUGAACUCUCAGGAAAUCCCAGCUCUGGAGAAGAAGCUUGAGACUGUUCAGAAAACUAUCGACACGCUUGUCUCUUCUUAUCAGACAGAUGAACAGACUCCAGAAUUCAGUACACAGAUGAAAAAGAAGAGAGUUCUUCCCUUCGGCUUAAGUAAUAGUCCUAACAUACAGCAUAUGAUCCGGGCACCAUGUUCACCUCUUUCAUCUUCUGGGACUGAAAACAAGGCUCCUCCUGAGGGCAAUGUCGUGUCUUCUAAUUCAGCCCCGGUGUGUAUUGGAGCUACUCCACCAAAGAGAGAUGAUAACCGCAGUCCACCAAAGAGAGAUGAUAACCGCAUUCGAACCCCGUCAAAAGAAGGAACCUCUGUAUCACGACAAGCGAAUUCAGUCGAUAUUAGGAGAAUGAAGCGUAUGUUUAAGAAUGCUGCUGAAGAGAACAUACGUAGCAUCAAAGACUAUGUUACUGGAUUGAAAGAACGUGUGGCGAAGCUUCAAUAUCAGAAGCAGCUUCUUGUUUGCCAAGUGUUAGAAAUGGAGGCAAAUGAGACAGCUGCUGCUGCUUCGGAGUCAGAUGCAACCGAUGAAUCUCAAAUGGAUUGGCCCUUGUGUUUUGAAGAACAGAGAAAGCAAAUCAUAAUGUUAUGGCAUCUUUGCCACAUCUCAAUCAUUCACAGGACACAAUUCUACAUGUUAUUCAAAGGAGACCCAGCUGAUCAAAUCUACAUGGAGGUCGAGCUCCGCAGGCUGACAUGGCUCGAACAGCAUCUUGCCGAGCUCGGAAACGCGAGUCCAGCAUUGCUUGGCGAUGAACCAGCAAGCUACGUAGCAUCAAGUGUAAGAGCUUUGAAGCAGGAGAGAGAGUAUUUGGCGAAACGAGUGAACACGAAGCUAGGAGCCGAGGAAAGAGAGAUGCUGUACCUGAAAUGGGACGUACCGCCUGUGGGGAAACAGAGGAGGCAACAGUUGAUCAACAAACUAUGGACAGAUCCUCACAACACGCAGCACGUGAGAGAGAGUGCAGAGAUAGUGGCUAAGCUUGUCGGAUUCUUUGACUCGAGAGAGAACAUAAGGAAAGAAAUGUUUGAGCUCAACUUUGCUUCACCUGCAGAUAAUAAGACAUGGAUGAUGGGUUGGAACUUCAUAUCAAACUUGUUGCAUCUCUAGUUUUUAGGCUGAGAAAAAACUAGUAACACGCCUAGAUGUCUCUCUGUUUUUUGCUGUGUGUAUAAAUCCUUUACUUUCAAAGUGAUUCCCUUGAAAGUUAUUUUACUUUUAAAUUCUGAUAAUACGAUCGGUUGUUGUGUCUGUACGAAUUUUAACAUUGUGAGGUCAAAGUAAAUUUAGGUGGAUGUGUGUUACUGAGUUUUCGAAGAGAUUUUUUAUACUCAAGCAAACUUUAUCAAAUCCAUACUAUUAAUUCAGAUUCAUUUCGAU